CUCCUCCUUCCCUCCCUCCCACCACAGGCUUCCCUCUUCCCUGCACCUCAUACGAUCCCCAACCCUCUCCUCUCCUUUCCCUGCCCCUUUAAAUCUGCCCGGCCCUGGCCCUGCCUUCCCCGUGAUGCUGCGACGGAGCAAACAUUGAUUUGUGCUGGGAUGGGAUCGGAAUUUUGAUUUUUUAUCCUCCCCCAGCCAUAAGAAGGAAAAAAAACAACUAAAAAUAAUACCCCCCCUUACGGCUGCCCCCUCCCUCUUCCCGCCCAGUUCUGAUUCCAGUCUCCAUCAGAGGCAGUUCUUUCCCUACACAAUUUCCAUCUCCCCCCAGCCCCUGCCCCCGCCCCGCCCCCCCGCCAGCCUGCUCCUCUGUGGCUGGGGAGAGAGGGGAGCCGGUCCCGCUGCUCUGGGCUAGGGGAGCCUCUCCGGAAGAGAGGGGGAGGGGGCCGGCUGGGGCGGGGCGGGGGCAGGGGUCUCCUGCCAUGGACGCCGCGCCCGGGGGGCAGUCUGCGCCCCAGUCCACAUGCCGCUCGGGAUGAGGGCCCACCCCCGCCUGCCCGUGCCGGGGCGCUCGCGGCCGGCCCCCGUCUGACCCCGGGCCCGCCCGGCACAUCCAGGCCCCACGCCCUCGGCCAGGCCCCUGGCCCUCCGGGAUGCGCUGAGCCGCGGGGGGCUGAGGCCGCGCCAACUACAUGCAUGUCCCCCGGGGGCAAGUUCGACUUUGACGAUGGCGGCUGCUACGUGGGGGGCUGGGAGGCCGGGCGAGCACAUGGCUACGGCGUGUGCACGGGGCCCGGGGCCCAGGGAGAGUACAGCGGGUGCUGGGCGCACGGCUUCGAGUCCCUGGGCGUCUUCGCCGGGCCCGGGGGGCACAGCUACCGGGGCCACUGGCAGCAGGGAAAGCGCCACGGGCUGGGCGUGGAGCAGAAGAGCCGCUGGACCUACCGCGGCGAGUGGAUGGGCGGGCUGAAGGGGCCCGCCGGCGUGUGGGAGAGCGCCUCGGGACUGCGCUACGCGGGGCUCUGGAAGGACGGGUUCCAGGACGGCUACGGCACCGAGACCUACUCGGACGGAGGGACCUACCAGGGCCAGUGGCAAGCCGGCAAGCGCCACGGCUACGGGGUUCGCCAGAGCGUGCCCUUCCAGCAGGCAGCGCUGCUGAGAUCGCCGCGCCGCACCUCCCUGGACUCGGGCCACAGCGACCCCCCCACGCCCCCCAUACCCCUGCCCCUUGCUGGCGAUGAGGGCGGCAGCCCGGCCUCCGGCUCCAGGGGGGGGUUUGUGCUGGCAGGCCCCGGCGACCCAGACGCAGCCUCCUCCAGAAAACGAACUCCAGGAACGGGGGGCUUCUUCCGCCGCUCGCUGCUGCUGAGCGGGCUCCGGGCCGGCGGGCGCAGGAGCUCCCUGGGCAGCAAGCGGGGCUCCCUGAGGAGCGAGGUGAGCAGCGAGGUGGGCAGCACAGGGCCCCCAGGCUCCGAGGCCGGCGAGCCUCCAGCCCCGGGCCCUCCGGCCCUCAUUGAAGGCUCCGCCACCGAGGUGUACGCCGGCGAGUGGAGGGCUGAUCGGCGCAGUGGCUAUGGAGUGAGCCAGCGUUCCAAUGGGCUGCGCUACGAGGGCGAGUGGCUGGGCAACCGCAGGCACGGCUACGGCCGGACCACCCGCCCUGACGGCUCUCGGGAGGAGGGCAAGUAUAAACGCAACCGGUUGGUUCGAGGCGGGCGGGUCCGCAGCCUCCUCCCCCUGGCCCUGAGGAGGGGCAAGGUCAAGGAAAAGGUGGACCGAGCCGUAGAAGGUGCCCAUCGGGCAGUGAGCGUAGCCCGCCAGCGCCAGGAGAUUGCCGCUGCCAGGGCCGCAGAUGCUCUCUUGAAGGCAGUGGCAGCAAGUAACACAGCAGAAAAAGCUGUAGAGGCAGCUCGAAUGGCCAAACUGAUGGCCCAGGACCUGCAGCCCAUGUUGGAUGCACCAGGCCGAAGACCCAGGCAGGACUCUGAAGGCACUGAUACAGAACUGCCUGACUGUGACAGCCCUGGAGUUUAUGAGAAUGGACUGACCCCUUCUGAGGGCACACCAGAGCCUCCCAGCAGUCCUGUCUCCCCUUGCCAAACCUGGAGACACCCCACCCACCGUAGUCCUUUGCCCUGUAGGGAUGAUGGAGGCCACCUCUCUGGCCCCAAAUCUUGGCCAGAGGAGUGGGGAGGCCCAAGUGGACCUGGAGAGGAGCUAGCUGGCUAUGAGGCUGAGGAUGAGGCUGGGGUGCAGGGGCUAGGGGUUUGCAAUGGCUCUCCCCUCCUUGGGGGGUCCAGUGACAGUUCUGGAAGUCUUCGAGAAGAAGAAGGAGAGGAUGAGGAGUCCUUGCCCCACUCAGAACCUCCCCUAGACCCAGGGCUUGAGCCCACUGUCACCCCCAUACUGAGGGGCACAUCUGGAAGGACUCUGGAGGCAGAGAACCCGACAGAGGCACCAGAGGAACCUGGUGCCACCGAAGAGCCUGCCCAACGGGGAGCUGCUAACCCCUUGGUGGUAGGAGCUGUGGCACUACUGGAUCUGAGCCUGGCAUUCCUGUUCUCCCAGCUCCUCACUUGAGGUCUCUCCCUAGACUAUGGCUCUGGUUCCCGUGUCCUCUUCCCUUUGGACCUGCCUUUUCUCUCUCUUCCAUCUUUUAUCUUCUUUUCUCUACCUUUCCUUUUCUGUUCCCAUUUAUUACUUUCUGCUCCCUCUUCUUUCUCUUACUUUCUCUCUCUUCUCCCUUAUUCUGACUUUAUGUAUCUUUUUUCUCUCUUUCUCUAGAUUGUUUACAUAUGAAGGGCUCUUCUCUCUCAGAGUUACACUCUGAGAAAUA